AUGUUCGCGUCUUCUACACCAACCUCCUCGGGACCCAGCUCCUGGUUCCAGGACGAAGACCUCCUCCUCUCGCCUCAGGACGUCCUCGACUACACCUCUUUCUCCGACGACUCCCACUCGCCCAUCCUCUCCAUGGACUCCUUUUCCUCCGCCAGCCACAGCCCCGACCUCAGCGCCUACUGCUUUCAGGAGUUUGCACCCCUCGACAUGCCCACCUUUCACUCCAGCCCCAUGCCUACCACUGAGCCCACCAACUACUCGGUCAACGACGAGACUCACCGCCAGGCUGCCCUCUUGCACGCCUAUUUGGCUUCCCAGAGCCAAGGCACUCAGGCUCAGGUAUCAAUGCAAUCUCAGUGGACCGUCCCCUCGUCCACCGCCCAGGAAUUGGUCCAUCAUGCCCAGAUGAUGGAACAAACGAACCAGUUAGAGCAGCAGCACCGCAUCGAACAGGAGCGUCUGGAGCAGGAGCAAAAAGAGCAAAGAGAGCAGGAAGAGAGACACCAUGCCCAAUUGAUCCGCCUGGCUGAUGCACAGAACCUUGCUCGCUACCUCGCCCAGGCCCAGAAGGACGUCAAGCAAGAGUCCUCACCUUCGCCCUCGCCCGAGACUGCCAUGGAGCACGACAGCGUCUCUGCCCCUCACUCGCCUUCGCCCUCCUCCUCUUCGGAUGACAAGAGCCCCAUGGGAUCGCCCACUCUUGCCGAGCGAUCGCUCAGCCCCGAGGCGGCUAAGAACACCACCCCCAACUCGUCGUGUACCAAGCGCAACCGCGAGCUCAUCUGCUUCAACUGCAAGGUCACUCAGACUCCCCUUUGGCGUAGGACCCCUGAUCGCAAGCACUCGCUCUGUAAUGCCUGCGGUCUCUACUACAAGCAGUAUGGUGCCCACCGUCCCUUGCACAUUCGCCACAAGCUGCCCACUGUCUUGGCCGAUGUUCGUGCUGGCGCCCUGCCCUAUGCCCGCCCUGUCAACAUGGCCAGUCGUGCUUCGUCCCCUGGAGCCCUGGAGAUUCCCUUUGUGUUUGCCCCCACCUCGGUCGCUAGCGAUUCGUCUGCCUCUUCGUCCGAUAGCGAUUCAGAUUCGAGCUCCGGUUCCCGUCCCCACAACUUGGCCUCCUUGCCCGACCUGGCCAAGAUGUACACCGACGCGUUGAUCCGACCCCCAGUCCAAAAGACAACGCCUCCUCUGAUGACGGCCAAGCAGGGAAUCGAGUGCGCUAACUGCUCUCAGACCCAAACCCCUCUCUGGCGCAAGAACGAUGCCGGCGAGCCCAUUUGCAACGCCUGCGGCCUCUAUGCCAAGCUCCACCACCGCGACCGCCCCGUGACGAUGCGUAAGACCAAGAUUACGCGCCGUCGUCGUGAUUGGGGAGGUAACCUGGCUCAUCAGGCUCAAGCUCAAGCCCAGGCCUUGGCUUUGGUCCAUGCUCAGGCCCAGGCUCAGGCUCUCGACGCCAUCAAGAGUGGAUCUUCCGAGAUGGAGUCUCAGCAGCCUACCGCCGUGUCGAUGAUUGUUGAUGAGAUGGAGCUCCUCGCCAGUGCGGCCCCUGCUCCCAUGCACUUGAGCGAUGAGAGCGAACAGGAUGAUGAUGAUGAGGAGGAAGAAUACGAGCAAGAAGUUCAAGAACCUCAGCCAGAGUCACAACAGGAGGAGAUGAUUGUCGUCACUCCAAUCCCCGUCGCUGCACCAGCACCAGCACCAGCUGCAGCACCUACUGCCCCUCAGACUUUGGCAAACAACAGCAUUUUGGAUGAGAGCAAGUUUUCGGACAUGGUGGGACAGAUGAAUGCCCACCAGAUGAACCGGUUCUUGUCGAUCCUCGAGACCCGGUGUGGAGUAUUGCGUGAGCGUCUGUUGGCCAGCACCGAGGCCACCGCUCAAUCCAGCCUGGACCAUUUGUUCUAA